CAAGAAGAAAUUUAUUAAUAUUAUGUUCUAAAACUGCCAUAAUUGAUCAGUUUGGCAGCUGCCCUAUAUACGCACAUUCGCCUUGCAUGAGAAGGCAACGGCAGCUGAUGUAUUUUCACAAUGGACAUUAUUGCCGGAAGUGCAGAUGCUGUUCGGUCUAUCAGUACGACAGAACUCGUUCAUCCGGGCUACCGAGCUGCCCGACGACAUUGUCGCCACCAGUCCGAUCCGUCAUCUUCAAGAGUGCAGCCGUCAGAAGAUUCUGGCAUCUCCAGCAAUCCGAAACCAAUUGACUCCAACUUCUGCAGCGAUCGGUUGCACGAUUCAUUGAAAAAACCGGGCAGCACAGGAAAUUUACACGAAGCUUAUAAAUGUGAAAACGUUACCAUAAAUUCCCGCACCAUAACGCGUUUAUCGUCCAAAUCUCCCGAAAGUACCGAACGGGAGUUCGACAACAUCAGCUAUGGACUGCGUGUACGUCUGGGACGGAAUCUUCGUCAUUCCCAUCGUAAUUCCUUUGCUAAUCAAGUUGAACAGCUCUCCAGUCCCUUCUCCACACUGCCGCCGUUUGAUGACCAAUGGGGAGCGGAAAUAUCACAACCUUUAAGUGCCCUUUACAGCAUUUUGAUUAUCAUAACUGGUGCGUGUUUGGCGUUCUCAUCGCAGCUGACGUCCAAUGUGGAUAGUAUGUACUGCCGGUAUUUCGAUUCCGCUCUCCUUUCAAUCGGAAUCUUCUUUCUGCUAACGUCCUUUGGAUUUUUCUACCGUAAGCAUAGCUACCGACACAAUAUCGGCUUUUUCAACAUCAAUGCCAAGACCAAGGAUUCCUGUGACUCCAGUUCGGAAGAAAGUGUCGGUGGCUCGUUUACCGGUUACUUCCGCAAGCAGUUUCUCUGCAUAUCCGAUCCGGCCUGCACAACAAUAGAACAGACAUCGGUCAGAGUGACGUACAGUGAAGAGGACAGUGCCAGCUUUUAUUUGAAAAUGGGAGCCUUAUCGUUUGCCGUUGGAUCCAUGAUCUAUGCCUGCUUGGAACUGGGCGUAUUUGUGGAAAAUACUAGUUGCUUCAACACCGUAAUGGGAUUAAAUCCGGUUCUCUUUGUCUGCUUUAUCAUUCUCCAGUUGUAUUUUAUCUUCCUUAAUUCAAGGUUGUCACUCAGAAAAAACCGGACAAUUGGAAGAUUCGUGCUCAUGCAUUUGAUUAGCGCCAAUCUGUGCAUUUGGUUGAGAACGCUUAUUGAUGAAACCCUGCAUGCUUUUGGAAAAAUUCGAGAGAAAAAUGAGCGGAUGAUGUUAAUUAACAACAAUGAAACCACGACCCAAACACAGAUUAAAGAAGACCUUCUGCAAAUGCACGACGAUAGUCUUGGUCAAGGUGGAUACAAUCCGCUGUGCGUGAAUGAUGAAUCCGUUAUGAAAAAGAUGAUGGAAGAAGCUUCGGUAUUUCUUUAUCCCUGCAUAAUCGAAUACAGUUUGAUAUCCGCCGGCAUUCUAUACAAUAUGUGGAGCUACGUUGGUUAUCCACAGCCGUCGCAUCUGCAGCCACACCGCACUGGCGGUACUGUUAAGAAAUCCUACGCCGUCGACUGCGACCAAGCGGCCAAAGGGUUGUUUGUCGGCAUAAUUGUGGUUGUUAUGACGGUGGUAUCGCUGAUCCUGUAUUUCCUUUUUCUGGAAAAAGACCACUACGUAGCUAUGGCUGUUUUUCAAGCACAGCUCACCGAAAUCGCACUGUACAGUAUCGGACUGGUGGCAGUGGUCUAUGCGUUUAUCAACAUUACCAAAAACCUGCAUAGGACACCAGUGCGCUCCACUACGCUGACGCUGGAUGACACGCUUCUGAAAGUCUCAAUGGUUGGUGUGUACGCUUAUUCAAUUAGCUGCAUAAUUGGAGCGUACACAGACGAAACCAACUCGGGAAUUCUCAGCAUUGUGGUGGCCAGUUUAUGUUUGGUCCAAAGCACAGCACAAACGAUCUUUAUUUUCGAUGCCACUCAAAGAACGCUGAUAUUUAAUCCUGGUUAUACAAAGCUGUAUAGUUCCCCAAACAGGAAGAAGCCAGCAAGGGAAACUGUGACCUUACUGUUGAUUAUCAACUUCGCUUUAUGGGCGACAAAUGUUUUGUGUACACUGCAAGCGGAGUCCAGCCCAUCGCAAACCGAAUUUUAUGGAGUACACCAAUGGACUGUUAUGCUACAUGUUACGGUUCCAUUGGUAAUCUUUUACAGGUUUCAUUCAACUGCUUGUUUAUUUGAAAUAUGGAAGCGAGCAUAUAAGGAGAAGCGUCCAGCGCUGAAGGACCAUUCGCUGGCCGAACAUGUGACCCAUGUGUAAAACAGCAAUAACGAAAUACAUUCAUGCGACUGUGUAUUGGACCGAUAUCAACACACCGAUCUGCUCCUUAAUCAAAUUUAGACUACAGUACCU